UCGCCUUACCGGACGGAUCAUCUGCUUCGCCGCUUCCACCCCCCUGAACCGCUUGUUCGGCCAACGAAGAUUCCCUUUCAAACGAUCAUGUCUUCGUACUACGAACCGCAGGGCUGGCAGGCUCCUGCCGCGCGCCAGGUCUCUUGGGAGCAGCCCGUGCCGCCGUCUCGAUCAGGCUCGAGCUCGGUCUCCCAGCGCGAGGAUAGCCCGGCCUUUUCUUCCCAGUUUGACGUGCUGACCCUGAUAUUUGGUGAAGAGGUUGAUCGUGCGAUCGACAAUCUCGUCAAGAGCGGGAAGUUGUGGAAUGCUCCUCGCCGGGACUCGAUGCCCAUGAUGAUGGGUCGUCCCUAUCCCGACUACGAUCCUCGCAUGGGUGGCAACGGCGGCCCCCAGCGACACCACUCGGUGAGCGAAUUUGAAGGCUCCCGAAUGCCCCCCUCCGGCAAUGCACAGGGCUUCUAUGCCUCGCAGCGGUACCAGGGACGCCCGAAUGAAGUAGAACAGAUGAUGCAGGCGAAGCGUCGGAUGGCAGCUCAGCGUGAACGGGAACUCCGCAACUAUCACCAGGAGCAGCAGUACAACCGAAGCCUCCUCGCCGAGAUGUCUGCAAACAAAUCCGAUCGAUCCCUCAGCCCGGCUGCCGUGAGCGAAGACAGUCGCCGAGACCUCCUGGCGCGCCAGCACCGGGCCCUGUACGGCAACGAGAGCCCGGCCUUCUUCCCUCCAGGCCCCCUGCCAGACGACAACUCCCGUCCGGAAAGCCAAGCCGCUGGCACUCCCUCGUCGGCCGCCCGUGGAGCGUCUCCACGCGGAGUGGACCCAUUCGGUAUUAACCAGGUCCUUGCUGCUGCCGAUGGCGCACCAGGCUUGCAGUCCACGUCCCGAGCCAACAGCACCUCGUCGCCUAGCUCCGCUAUCAACGCCGGCUUCCCCGAGCAGCCCGUGCCGACCUCCUCGCCCGGCAGUACCAGCCAAGCCCCGACUAAACUGAACGCCGGCCCCAUCGGAUCUCGACCAGUAGGACCACAGACCUCCGCUCCCGCCAACCCAAACAAGCGUGCGUCAACCCCCAUGUCCUCGUCUUUGGGCUACGGCUACACCCCCGGCGAGGCCAACUUAAACGAGCGUACCACCUCCGCAGCUCCCAACCCUUCCGUAACCGCUACCACCAGUCCCAAGGACUCCGCCGGAGGAGUGGGCCUCGGCUGGUCCAACGGCAGCGGCGUCUGGGGCUCGAAGAGCGGGCUCGGCGUCCAGGCCUCCGUGUGGGGAUGA